ACACUCUUGAAGAGCCGCUGCAUGAUUAUACAGUUGUCUGGUGACCCUGUCUGAUACCUGCUUUCAAGAUGGACAAGCUUAAAUUCACUCCAUCCGCACUGACAGGUUCACGCGGUGGCCUUCACAUGGCACAGAUUGUGAUGUGUGUGGUGACAUUUAUAGUGAGCUACAUCUGGGGUCACCCGUUACACACCUACUGGCUCUACUGUAUGGUGAUCUGGGGUGUGUGUCCUCUCCUCACACUGUUCAUCACCAUCGUGGAGAUGUUCCUCAUCCAUAAGUUUAUCCUGGUGUUUUGUAUGGACUGGGAUGAUUUCACGACAGGUAUGGUUAUGAUGUCAUCACUCUGCACGUUCUCCUGCACGGUGAUGUUCGCCAACUUCUAUAUUUGCUGGAAGUGUAUCUGGGGAUGGAUGGUAACCAUCCUCUCUGGCGUGUGUUGCGUGCUUUACUGCGUGGAGAUGUUUCGGGACAAAUGCGACUCGACGCGUUCUGCAACGUAUGUGGCUGCACUGCCUGGUUUCCUGAAGAUUCUGGAGGCCUUUGUUGGCUGCAUCAUUCUCAUUUCUCUGAUUGGCUAUGUGGGAAAGCCGGCUCUGCUGUGGUGCAUCGUGGCUUACGUGAUUCCACUGCCGCUAACCAUCUUGAUCAUUAUUACCAACAUCUUGACAAAGCUGAAGAACUGUCUGCCCUGCAGUAUCGACCGUUUUGUUAUCGUGUUCCUGGUCAUAUCAGUUUUGCUUUACAUCUCCGCCGCCAUUCUUUGGCCAAUCUACAGCUUUCGUGGAAACCCGAGACCGAAAGAUUGCCCUGGAAACAGCUGCGUAUGGAGCAUCCAGUUUGUUGUGACUUUUAUGACCUACGUGAACCUCGGCCUCUACGUCAUCGACCUGAUCUUCACCUGCUGUGGUAUAUGUGGAUUCAGACGCUCUUAAAAAGAUAGUUCACCCAAAAAUUUUAAUUCAUCCACACCCUUUAUGCUAACACAAAAGGUACAUUUCUUUUAUGAAUAUCCUAGCUGCAUAUUUGCAUACACAAAAUAAAAAAGGGACUGAGGCUGUUAAUCUCCAAAAUGACAAAAAAGCAACAAGUACCAUAUGUGUUGUACACUAUAUUCCAAGUCUUCUGUAGCCAUACGUCAUCAUUCACUAACAAACAUUAACAAAAUCUAUAAAUAUUUCUUCAACAAUAUCAUUACACUUUUUUGUUUAUUGUUGUUCUUGUUUCUAAUGGUCUGUUAUUAAUGUUUGUGUAUCAGUUCAGUUUUUCAUUUCUUAUUAAUGCAUGGAAGCCUUGAUCUCUUGUUGUGCUCAUUUCACUUCCUGUUGAUUGUUCAAAA